CGAGGGUUGGGCGGGAGUGGAGCGCGGGUCGCUGUGGGGCAGCGGCCGCUGUGCUGGCGGCGGUGAGUCGGGGCUGAGGAAUCAGAGAAAUGGCAACGACCCAAUCGGUCUUCACAUUUGCUCUCUGCAUUUUAAUGAUAACUGAAUUAAUAUUGGCUACGGAGAGCUAUUAUGAUAUCUUAGGAGUUCCAAAAAAUGCAUCUGACCGCCAGAUCAAGAAGGCAUUUCACAAGCUGGCUAUGAAAUACCACCCAGACAAAAAUAAGAGUCCUGGUGCGGAAGCAAAAUUUAGAGAAAUUGCAGAAGCAUAUGAAACAUUAUCAGAUGAGAAUAAACGAAGAGAAUAUGACCAGUUUGGCCGUCACGGAGGACAAGAAACUAAUGGAAGCCCAUUCCAUCAGUCAUUUAAUUUCAACUUUGAUGAUCUGUUCAAAGACUUUGAUCUCUUUAGUCAAAAGUCACGAUCCAAAAAGCACUUUGAAAAUCACUUCCGAAGUCACCGGGAAGCUCACAGUCGGCAGAGACGUUCUUUCCAAGAGUUCUCCUUUGGGGGUGGACUGUUUGACGAUGUCUUUGAAAAUAUGGAAAAAAUGUUUUCUUUUAGUGACUUUGAAAAUGCACACCGGCAUGCGGUGCGAACUGAUACCCGCUUUCACGGAUCCAGCAAGCACUGUAGGACUGUCACUCAGAGACGAGGAAACAUGGUGACCACCUAUACAGACUGCUCUGGACAAUAAUGUUUCUUUUCAUCUCUUCUCUUCUUUCAACACCUUCGUAAUCUCUCUUGGUUUUGUGCUAACAUGGAAAAAAUUCUUUGAACUGUUUGUUCUGAAAAACACUUAACUGCUUUAAAGAAACUCUAGAUGAAACUAAUUUUCAGCAUAGAAAUAAUACACAUUUGGAAAGUAGACGUCUCGGUAGCAGCUUACAGUGGGAGAGAAAUAAUUUUCGUGUGACAGAAGAAAUUGUAUGUAGUUCAGUUUAGGAAACACUUCCCAUAAAUUUGAACUUCAACACAAGAUAAAUAAUUUAAAUCUCAGAAAUGUGAUGUACUUUUUUUCAUGUGUGCCAAUUCAGGACUGUUUGAGUUACUGGUGCAUGGAUUGCAGCAGAGGAGAUACUUUAAUUUUGAAGUGCUGCUUUUUCUUAUUAUGUCUUUCCAAGUUUUAACUUGCAGUUUUUACCUGAUGUGGACUUACUGUGCAAACUAGGUAAUUUUACACAAAAUAGCAGUAGAAAUGGGUCUUUGUUACUCUUUCCAGCAUUGCAAACAUAUUAAUAAUAAAACACUUUUUAAAGCUGGAAAACAACAGGAGGGAGUAUGUUAAGAUUGUAGUUCACCUAGGAGAGUGAUGUAGGAGUUAAUUUUAUUUCCAAAUAGCCUUUCAUUGGCCUGAAAAUAUCUUAGGAAUUGAGUAACCCUUGACUUAUUGAAGGGGUAGUCAUGUAUGUAAGUUUGUGUGCACACAGACAUUUUCUUCCAAAAAUACCUAUUUUUUUCAAAGCUUGGAGGAGCACUCUGAAAACAGUCUUAUUUUAAGCUUACUAGUAUUACCACGUGUGCAAUGUAGUUCCUCUCGCUCACUUUAUUGAACUUAAAUUCUCUGUGCUCUCAUGAACUAACAUAAGCUUGCCUACAGAUUCCUAGGGUUUCUGGAAUGGUCUAAAUAAAAACUAGAUUGUAUUUAGAUCGAUAGAUUGAUUAUUUGUCAGCAGGAAUUUUUCAGUAUUGUGAUUUGAAAGGUAAAUUCUUAGCAUAAACACAGGGGGGGGAAAAAAAGAAAAUUACAGUUGUUGUGUUCAUCUGGUGACUUGUGGUGUUUGAAUCUGCUAAUAAGGACAGUAAAAAUGGCAUGAUGGAAAUCCAUAGCCAGUCUAAACUA